AUGGUUGCCAAAGAAGAUUACGACAAUAUCCAAGGAGAUAUCUGGCCAGGCUUGUCGAAAAGAUACGAAGAGUUUUACUUUUUCAGUAUCGAGGAUGUCGAACUCUUUAAACCCGUGCUUAAAAACCUUGCGGAUGAAGUGAUUACUAGCGCCACCCACGCUAUGGCUGCUCGUACGUGCAUCCAGAUGGUCAAGGCGGAAGAAACCAAAGAAAAAGCUCAAGAACAUCCGAAGAAAAACACUCGGAGUAACGGCGGGGGAUUGUUCGGCGUGUUGAAUGAUGCAGUGGAUGGAGUGGGCUCUACGGUGAACACCGGGAUCGAUCUUGCAGGAACUGUGGCGCACGCUGCCGUGGACGUCUCCGUUGGCGUGGCCAAAUUCCCAUUUGAUGUUAUCGCACAUCUUGUCCCGAAAUAUGCGAAGGAUAUUCCGAGGUCUCAAGCAUCUAAGAGCCAUGCAAGCUUAGCUGCUGUUAACAUAUCUUUCACUCACGUGGGUAUGAACAAGCUAUGGAAAGAACCGUUCAUGGACGACAUAUACAUAAAGGGUAUGCAACAUGACAUGAUGGGCGAAGGCAGAGAUCAAGAGAAAGAAUGGCGAAAAGAAUUCUUGAAGGAUUCUGAGAACUCACAACCUAGCAAGAUUGAUGGGAUGGUACUGGUGUGUGGUACCAAAGAAGAAGUCCAGGCAAAAGUGGCCGAUCUGAACCAGAACUACCUGGGCGAGAAGCAAGGAUGUCGUCACGUCAUAACCUUGAACGGCCAAGAGAGGCCAGGCAAACAAAGAGGCCAUGAGCACUUUGGCUUUUUGGACGGCGUUUCACAGCCACUUCUAGCAGGCUUUGAUGACGAAGACCUAAAGGCCAAAGGUGCUCUCAAGUCUCUCACUAAUCCCGGUGUCAUCAUUUUUGGACACGACGCGGAGGAUUCGAAGCACCCCGAUUGGGCCAGAAACGGAAGUAUCCAGGUGGUUCGCAGACUCAAACAGUUCGUGCCAGAAUGGAACAGAUACGUGGAAGAACAGGGGGCGAAACUCCAUUUAACUCCGGGCCAGAUGGGCGCUCGGAUGAUGGGACGCUGGCAAAGCGGAGCACCUGUUGAGCUGUAUCCCGAUACCGAUCACCCGGAGCAUGCGAGGUUCAACGACUUUGACUAUGACCCAGAGAGUCAGCUCAGGUGCCCGUUUGCAUCACACACGCGCAAGGUCAAACCUCGAAAGGACGUGAACAACCUGGAUAUGUUCGACAUCAUGCGUCGCGGUCUUCCAUUCGGACCGGAGCAUGAUCCUGCAACUGAGCCUACGACUACACAAGAGCGUGGCCUCAUGUUCGUUUGUUACCAAACCAGCCUUGGAAAUGGCUUCUCGUUUAUUAAAAACAAGUGGUGCAACGAUGAUGACUUUCCUCCAGAGAAGGUUAAGUACACAGGAGGCACUCUUCCAGGACAAGAUCCCGUAAUUGGCCAGACGCUUCCAUCUACAAAGCAAGCUGAUGACACAGGAUUGACCUUCAGCAUCACCGAUGGUAAAGGACAGCAUACCCAGGUUGAAUUCCCGUCCUUCGUCGAGUCGCAAGGCGGCGAUUACUUUUUCACCCCAUCUCUGUCGCUUCUUCGUACUAUGUCCGGGGUUAAUUAG